AAUUAUGACUACAGUUGAAGAGCUUCAUCGGUAGACCCCAAAAAGUACUGAGCGAAAAUGUGACGCCUCUUUUGUUCUUUUAAAGGUAAACAACUGUGAAAAAGUUAUUUAACUUUAAGUUUUAGUAGCUAACUUCAAAAAUUUUAAGCUUCAAGUCACACAUCGAAGACACAAACAGUUGAAGAAUUUUGCAUUUUAAAUUCAUUACUUAAUCAUUCCCAUCUUGCUACAUCAAUGAUCUAUUAUGACUUGAAGAUUUCCCAUCUUCAGUUAAACUAGCCGUGUUCCUCAGCAACUCGCCAAAGCGAAUUCGAGCUCUUCAUUGGGAAGAUCUAAGUAAUUUUCGCAGUGUUCAUCGCGUUUUGGGUCGGUGAUUGUUCUUACGCGAGAUUAUAUAACAUGCAAGUACAUAAAGUACUCAUUAUUUCAACUUUAAGUGUGUGAAUACAUAAGUGAGUUAAUUUGCCUGCCCAGUUGCUUCCCAGUGAUUUCAGAGUGUUUACUAGUUGCAACCCAUCCAAGUCAAAAAUCCAUGAAAUUAGUACAAAAGCAACAAAAACCUUGCCCUAAUGAAGACUCCACUUGCUCUAGUCGCCAAUUGGUGGCGGUCUUCUGUAGACCCUGAAGUUAUUCUGAAAGAGUAUCGAAGUUUUCAGAGCUCUGAACCUUCUAUUCCAAGAUUUCCAUCAACACUUUCCUACGAUAAUGCAACCGAUAUCUACGAAAGCAUCACGGGCUUUAACCCCGUAUCUUUAAAUUAUGACUCAAUUAUUACGUCUUUAGAUGACCUAAACAGGUAUAAAUCCAGUAAAUUUCGAAUUCCCAGUGAAAUUGAAUGGCACAUCAUUGGGCCCGAAUACGUGAAAGAUCUGUUUAAAGAUGCAAAUGAUAUAGAAGUAAAUAUCGGGUUUUUAUGGGCAGCUUUUUUGAAACGAGCUGAUUUAGUUGGUGUUUUUCUGGAACUUGGAGCUGACCUGAGCUUCCACGAACCGAACUAUGGACUAACCGCUCUCCACUUGGCAGCUUUCGCUGGCUGCAAAUCCACCACUGAAUUUCUCCUAUCACAAAAAGAAUGCUACGUUAACUUGAUGUACAAAUGCUAUUCACCUCUUCAUUGUGCUGCCUUUGGAAACAAUCCAGAAAUCGCAUCGAUUUUGUUGGAAGCCGGAGCAAACAUUGACGCCAUUUCCAAUGAUCUUCAGAACAACCUGGAAGGCGUUUUGCAUUGUGCUGUUCGAAGCAAAGCGGUUGAUUGCUUAGAACUUUUAUGCACAAAAGGCGCCAACGUUAAUCAAUUGGACAGCUGUGGACGGACAGCAAUACAUUUAGCUGCAGAGCUGGGAAGUGCUGAAUGUCUUCGAAUUUUGGUGCAAGCGAAAGGCGCCAAUAUCGAUUAUCAAACUAAGGAAAAACAGCAUACAGCUUUGCAUGUUGCUGCUCAGCAGCGGCAUGUGAAUUGUGUGGAUGUUCUUUUGGAUUAUGGAGCUUUGCCAAACAUCGUCGAUUACAAACACCGCACUCCUCUUCACUUGGCAGCCAAAAGCCAAAGCAACGAAUGCGUGAAAUUGCUGCUUCAGAAAGGCAAAACCAAUCCAAAUCUACCAGAUGCGAAUCAAAGAAUGCCUCUUCACUUAAGCGUUGCUGAACCCCAUCAAACAAUCAAUUGCGUUACAAUGAAAACGCUAUUAAGAUUUGGUGCUGAUGUUAAUGCAAAAGACUCUAAAGGCUGCACCCCGUUGCAUUUAGCUGCCACUAACGAACUGCCCAAGUAUGUGGAAACUUUGAUAUUACACAAUGCAGAUAUAACAGCCACAUGUGAUGGAGGUGUUACCGCUUUGGGAAUGAUCUACCGGAAAACGCCGGCUAGUAUGGACACCAUUAGGAAGAAACUGGAUGAAUGUAUUGUUCUUAAAAGUCAGGAUUGUAGCAGCAGAGAGUCGGAGCUGGAAGUGAAUUUCACUCCCAUAUUGCAGCACUGUUAUCCUAAUGAAAUUGAGUUCCUAAAAACUCUUCUGGUUGAAGGGCAAAAGGAGCUGCUUUUACACCCGGUGUGCCGGGCAUUUCUUCACUUGAAAUGGAAGAAGAUCAGAAAAAUUUUUGUCUUCAGAGCCAUCUGGAGCUUUUUGCUGGUCUUAUUGAUGUCUUCCUUUGUUUUAAUGGGGUUGGCAAAACACUGCUACAACGUCAGCAAAAACAUCACCCUGACCACCUACGACCUGGACAGAGAUCUGUGUAUCAACCACUCUUUUGCUGGAAGCUUUAUAGUUGCACAUCCUUUCAUACUAGAGCUGCAAUGGUACUUGAUGCUCAUACUUGCCUUGGCAAUAGUUGUUAGGAAGUUAUGUGCGAUUUCAGCCUAUUCUUCCUUCAUCCAGUACUUUCGUUCUAUGCAAAACUUACUAGAUUGGAGCACUGUGGUUGUGGUAUUUCUCAUAUCCUUCAUCUAUACUGGCCGAACUUACAUAUGGCAAAACCACGUUUGUGCCUUUGGGGUGUUGAUCGUCUGGUACAACUUCUUCUACCUACUCGGUCAGUUUCCCUUCUUCGGCACCUACAUAGCAAUGUAUUCGUCCGUCCAGAAAGAGUUUCUCAAGCUGCUACUGAUCUUCUCUUGCCUGCUUAUGGGCUUCAAUGUGAGUUUCUGCGUGUUGUUUCCAAACUCCCAGCUUUUUCCAAACGUCUACAUCGGAUUCAUUACGGUGCUCGCCAUGGCUAUUGGCGAAGCCAAUCUUGAUCUCAUCACAGAUCCCAACAAACAAGACGAAAUCUUCAUGUUGCGCGGUUCAGCUCAAUUUAUUUACGCAAUCUUCAUUACUUGCGUGACAAUAAUACUCCUCAAUCUCCUAGUGGGCAUAGCCGUGCAUGACAUUCAGGGCCUUAAAAAGACGGCAAAAUUGACCAAACUCACUAAAGCCACUGAACUGAUAUCUUGCGUGGACAGAGCCCUGUUCGCAAAUUACUUUGACAAAAUAUUCUUGCCUGAGGUUUGGCGCUGGAGCACUUUGAUAUCCACUAAUGGAUAUUAUGCGGUCACCGUGAAGAUCUACAAUCACCAACAGGGCCUUCUGCCGUCCGAUAUCAUUCAUGCGGCAUAUGAGGUAGCCAGGAAGCAUAAGAAACGAAACAGAAGUAGCAAAUCUCAUGACCAAGGUAAAAUUUCGAUGGCACCAAGGGAGCAAUUAUCCAGGAAAAUUAGUUCGAAGAACUUUGCAAAUGAAGUGGAUGUGAGCGGUUUGCAAAAGGAUGUAAGAAAUUUGAGCAAUCAGGUGGCCAAUAUGAAGGAGAUGUUGGAGAGCCAUCAACGAUUAAUGGAGCAGAUUCUGCGGUCGGUGAAUGCCGGCGAUAAAGGCAUAUAUUUUUAGGCCACUUGGUGUUGGGAAAACGGAGUUCAAAUCAUGCCAGCGCAGCUAAAUAAUUCAUUCGAACCCCGAGGGAUGUUCUAAAAGGUGCAACUCAUGCGGUCUGAAGGAAAAGGAAUCAACUAAAUGCUGAUUAAGAGCAAAACUAUUCAACCUUCUAUGUUAUACUGGUCGAAAUGUAAAAAAGAUGUUUAUGAAAAUAACAUAAUAAAGAAUCAUGUUGA